CAGAGAGAGGGAGAAGGAGGAGAGAAAGAGAAAGGGGAGAGACGGGUGGGCAGGCUGCUCACCGUAAACGAUGGUUGUCGGAUAGAGUCUUGAAGACCUAAUGAAACUGGCCGGUUGAAUUGUUUGCAGGCGAUUGCAGCGCGCAGCAGCCCGGCGUGCUCUGCAUCUCUCGGAUCCUUGGAGCAGGGGAAAGAAAACUGCAGCAGCACCGAGAUAAAGAACAGUUUUUAAAAAAACAGAAGAGGACUUUCAUAUCUGUUGUUUCACCACCGUUUUUUUCCUCCACUCUUCAUUUAUCUUCAGUGAGCCCGUGCGCGCCUGCUGCAACUCUUUCCCCGGCGGAGAGGAGCGUUUCAUGCCCGGAGGUAGACCGACCUCCCGCUUGGACCCAAUACCGGCCUCCCACACUCCUCAGACGGGCUCAGAAGCAGCAGUUCCCGGCAUUUGCUGGGAUGUUUGAGUCGCGUUGUUUGGUGGGGUGAAGGGACCGAGAGAGUGGCCGGAGAGACCGAAAGGGGGACGGAGGCCGAGAGAGGAGCCGAGAGCAUGGCUCUGGUAGCGCUGUCUCUCUGGGUGCUAACGAGUCUCACCUGGGCGGACGUGGUCCAGGUGUCAGCCAACAGGCAUUCCGUUUACUGGAACAGCUCCAACAUACAUCUGCGUAGAGAGGGCUACACAAUGCAGGUGAACGUCAACGACUACCUGGACAUCUACUGCCCUCACUACAAUGACAGCCAGCGCAUGGUGGGCACCGGCGAGCAGUACGUCCUCUACAUGGUCAGCUACCGUGGUUACAGAAACUGCGACCCCCAGCUGGGCUUCAAGAGGUGGGAGUGUAACCGGCCCCAUGCGCCCCACGCGCCCAUCAAGUUCUCCGAGAAGUUCCAGCGCUACAGCGCCUUCUCGCUGGGCUAUGAGUUCCACGUCGGACAGGAGUACUACUACAUCUCCACACCCACCCAUCAUCACGGCCGCAGCUGUCUGAGACUACGAGUGUACGUGUGCUGCUCUACGGCCUCUGACGUGGAUGAUGAGCCAGAGCCUACAGAACCAGACUACACGCUUAGACCAGGCCUAAAAAUUGACGAUAUUGAUGAAUUUAACCCCUUUGUUCCCAAGCUGGAGAAGAGCGUCAGCGGAAGCAGCCCAUCCAGGGAUCGCCUUCUCCUCACCGUGACGAUGCUCCUUCUGGCCGCUCUCUUCAUCUCCUAGCAACGGCCAUCCCAUCAGCGUCACCAUGCCAACUAGCCUUGGGAGGGUGUACAGUAUCAGCGGGUGGGAGAGUUGAGGAGGGGGAGGGAGGGGGGGAGUCAGGAGGAGAGAGAGGAGAGUUGCAACACCACAAAUAGAGCAGAAGGCAAGAGGAGCAAGAAAUGAGAGUUUUCAAGCAUCACAGUGUGUGUGUGUGUGCGUGUGUGCGCGUGUGUGUUUGUACAGCUGUGUGUUUGAGUGGAGUGUGGUUUUGGUGGAGUUGAAAGACCUUCAGGCACUCGGUGACACAGACUGAACCGUGUGUUCCAUUAAAGUCAGCCUGUGCAUACAGAUGCAGGUGUGUGAGCGUGUGUCUGUGUGUGUAUGUGUGUGUCUGAACAAGCCACAGGUUGAGCGUGUUGAAUCAUGCACACCACACAAAGCAUUUAUACAACAGGAGAGGUGGGGCUGAAGUCCAAGUAAAAGAAAAAAAAAAAAAUAGAAGACGAAAAAGCAUCAAAUCCACCCACCCAAUUGAAAACCAUUUGAAGACUUUCCCCUGGAUCUGAUUGGCUGAAACACUUCCUUAGGGCUAGUUGCCAUAGUUUCUUGCAACAAGAAUUAAACUGAACUCAAAUGAACUGAAUCAGAUAGAUUUCAUCAGAACUGAACUGAAAUUGCCUUUUUUUGUUGUUGUUGUUAUUGUUGUUGAUGAUCUUGAUGCUGGGAACUUGUCCCAGUCCACGGACGGGGGGCAAAAGGAACCAGCUGACAAACUGCGCAGGUCCUGUGUAGGAGACUAGUCAAAGUAGCUGAUAGUUCAUAAACGCACCCUGGGACUCCAGACGCCAGUGUUUUAGUUGUCAUAUCAACCAUCUGCUGUGUCAUCCUGUGUUCACCAUCAGUCUCCAGCACUAAUGAAGGCAAUAGGGCUGGACGGGGUCGGGAGGGGAAUUCAAAGCAUUUAAACGAUGAAUCAUUCACUUAAAGAAAAGAAAACGGGGAUUUACUGUAGAUGUGCCAUUGACACAGAAACCGCAAGGGUUUGUUGAUGUUAUUAGUUGCCGUGUUACUUUUCUGUCCUGUCUUUGAAGUAGUCGGUUAGUCCUCUGUCAUCUCCGAGGUUAACGAAGCACACGAUGGCUACGGAGCAGCCAUGGAUACACUCAGCAAUACAGCCCUCCUCUCAGCCGACUGCAGGCCGUCUGGAGGAGAGCAAGAGGAGGAAGCGCGAAGGACAGUCACUCCCCCAUGCAUCUACGCCCAGGCCCAGUCCCGGACAAUAAGAAACUCUCCACUGAUCAGUGUUGGUGUAGCAGCCUGCUCCACCAAUCUCAUCUCUGUAAACCCAUCCGUCAGAUGCCACAUGUAAACGUUUUCUGUUGCUGUGUGAGUGUUUGGUGCGUGCUUGAAAGAGCCAAACAUAUGUGUGAGUGUGCCACAUGCGCGUGUGUGUGUGUGAGAGUGAGAGAGAGUAUUUUAAAUGGUACUAACAGCCUGAAAAUACACCCACAUACUGUACAUCUUAUAAGUAUGAAAAUGCAAAAUAAAAAAAAAAAAUCAAAACACAAACUAAAGCAACAAGUAAUACAUACAAACCAAGUGCUUUGGUGGGGAGGUGCGGCAAUUCAAAACUCAAACAACUGUACCAGUCGGUUGCUUCAGAAUAGCGUUUCCAUAGCAACUAGCACCUUAUUCACCAUGGUUACCCCACCCUGCCAACGAUGGACUCUAGUAGGGCAUGGCUUAUAGUAGCUGAUAACAAUGAUGAAGGUGAAAAUGAUUAUAAUGAUAAUGAAGGUGACGAUGAUGGACUGCAAGCCGACAGCUGGCCGAACCGGGUCACGCAGCGGCUCACCCACCGGCACGUGAGGCGUUCAAGUACUUGUGUAAAUGUCAAACGGACAACAGAAUGGAAUAACAAACUGUCUUGAAAUUUGCCAAGGUGAAAUGUGAUGUAAGCAUUUUUACAAACUUGAAGCUCAGUUUCCUUGUGGUUGUUUUUAUUAUGUUUUUUAUUGUUUUGUUGAGUUUGCUGUGGUGUAUUUUUGGUUAUCUUGAGGGGGAAGACGGGGGUUUAAAAGCUGGAGAAUUGGGUGGGUUGAGCCAUACGUAAACUUGGGCUGCACUCUGUGAGUCUCUUACUUUAAAGUUAACUUAGUAUGAUUUCAAGAAAGAUAAAUAUAUAGACAAAUCAUAUAUAGUAGCUGUGGUUCCCAUCUGUUUUGGCUCGUGACCCCCUUAAAGGACACUUCACCAAUUAAAUACAGUGGGAUGAGUUAACUUGUCACAGGGAAUAUUAUUCAAACAGUUGUAAAAUGCCUUCAGUUCUGGAGUGAAUAAAAUCCUGAUGAUGACACUAGGGUUAAUUUGGAUUGGAGUCAGUGACCAGUUCAACAAAGUGAUGAUCAUACUUUAGCUUUGUUCAACUUGCGCAACACCUCUGUAGAUGGCGUGUGGGAGUGAGUUUGCAUUAAACGCGUUUGUUGCAAUAUGCUCCGAAGCACCAGGGGAUGCACAAACAUGAUCUUCUGGAAAUAAGCAAGAAGUCAAAGAGGAAGAAUGUUACGUGAAAACUAGGCUGCCUGGCAACUGUAUUACACACUGUAGUCCCGCCAAACAACACAUUUGUGUGCUGUCGCUUCCCUCGAAAGUCGAAAUUGUCAUACGGCUUUGUUUCCCCCUGAGUUGCCACUUUUUCCAUGACCGCCAUGUCUCAUAUUCUUCCACACACUGCGGCAAAAAAGCCUCUUCUUUCCUUUAUGGUGGCUAUUUCUUUCCAAUAAGCUAAGGCCAUUUGACUGUCCUUGUAAUCUCUCAAUGAAGAGUCGUAGAGAUGUCUGAAGAGGCAAAUCUGUUUGACUAGUCUGCCCUAUUGAAAUGAAAAGUUAAGCCUGUGCAAGGGGCGUUAAGUCUAAAAACUCAGAGGUUCACAACUGCAACAACUUUCAGAGCAUUUGCGCUUCAUGCAAAGGGAUGAUUACAUCAUUUUCUUGCACGCAAACUACAUAAACCUAGAUUUACCCAGUAAUUCCUAAGGUAAGCUGGAAACUAGUGUUGCGUCCUUGUAGGGGGUCUGGUCCACCAUGUUGGGAGCCACUGAUAUAUAGGAUUUUAUUCUAAAUUCAGGUAUUUUUUACAUCAUUGUGUGCUCGUAGUUUGAGAAUAAUGUGGCUUUUUUCCAAAGUCAGUUUGCUAGAUUAUUUUCUCAAAACUUUGGACAGCAAAAGCCCAUGUUUUUAAAUUUAUAGAAAUGUAAAAGCGCUCUUGUCACCUCAACAAGGAACAUGUAGUUAUGAUACAGUCUGCAAAGCAGCCCAGGUGUAUUUAUGGCUCUUGGUGGGAGGGCGAUGUAGGAAGGGUUUUGGGUUCUAGUGUGGAGUGGGAGGGUUGAAGAGCUGUGCGAGAGGGUAAAUCACUCUUCAAGAAGUUGCACUUAAGAACUUAGACACGAGAGCAAGAAAGUGUGUGUGUGUGUGUGUGUGUGUGUCAGGGAGAGUAAGAAUCAAAGCUCAUUUCUGUUAAUCACUUCAUGUCUGUGUGCAGGAGCUUUAGGGUGAGACACUGUCUGUCUUUGUGUGUGAUGGUGUCAGUAUGUGUGUGCGAGUGAAUGAAUGGGUGAGCGAGUGAGCAACAGUCUCUUUGUUUCUGCUCUUCCCAUGUGUGCAUGAGCGAGCGCGAGUGUGACCGAUUGUUGUCUGGCAAAACAAAAAAAAAAGCAUUUAAUAGUGUUGGAAACAACAGUUACAAUCAUGUUUACCUUCGACUGGAAUGACUUUAAAUGAACUUGAAAAUAAACUGUAAACUGAACAAACCAUAACAGAGGUUAUAACAAUGAUCAUGAUAACAAAAUAAUAAGCUUACAAAUCUUACUUUUAAC